AGUUAGAGAGAUGUUGUUCCUGCAGCUUUUCUCUGCCUUGAUUUUCUUCAGCCAAGGCCAAGGAGUGGCUCCUUACUCACUGCAGAACUGUGUGGUCCAUGGAAAGUGGAGCAAAACGAUAAAGGUGCUGUGCUAUCAUCAGAACUUGUCUCAAGUCCCAAGUCAUCUUCCCUGGAAUGUAAGCAGCUUAGAUCUGUCUGAGAAUCGGAUUGCAAGCCUGAGGCAGAGUGACUUCAGCAAACUGAGUCUGUUGCAAGUCUUGAAUGUUUCUCAGAACCAAAUUCAUCUAAUUGAAGAAGGCACUUUUACUCACACAAGUAGCCUAAAGAUCUUGAACCUCACUUCAAACCGGCUGAGAGUUCUUUCCAGCUCUAUGUUUGAUGGGCUGGGGAACCUUACAGUCUUGCUACUUAGGAAAAAUAAUAUUGACAGGAUUGAACCAUCUCUCUUUGCCCACCUGAUGAAGUUAAAGGUAAUUGAUUUAUCAUCAAACAAGUUACAUUCUCUGAAUGCUUUGGAUGUUGUGUUUAAGGUAAAAUCUUUGGAAGAGCUGCACAUAAGAGAGAACAAUAUAACAAAUUUCACGACCAAAGAUAUUGUUAAUGUGCCCAUGUGGCUUCGUGAACUGGAUGCAUCCCAUAACCCAAUCUCUUUCAUUGAUGUUGCAACUGAUGCUUUGUAUAGACUUCUUUCACUGGAUUUAUCUUUCUCUGGCACCCAUAGCCACAUUACAUGGAUUAUACAAGACCCUUGUUUCCUGAAAGGGUUAAAGAGAUUAUAUUUAGGAGGGAUAUUUAUGACAUCACUAGACAUAUUGGCUGUGGUCCAAAAACUGAAUUGUUCUUUGCUAGAGGAGAUCCACCUAAAUGAGUUGAACUUGACUGAUUCUGACAAGCUCAUAGAAAAGGUAUGCCUUUGGCACCGAAAUGUCAAGACUCUUAAUUUACAAGGCAAUAAAUUUGAAAGCAUUAAAGGAAUUGUCUUUGAAAACUGCACUCAUCUAUGGCAUUUGGAUCUGUCACACAACAGGUUAAAAGUGGUGCCAUGUAUAUCUUUUCAGCCCCUGAAUUCUUUACAGAGUCUUUCCUUGGCAAACGAGUUCACUGCAGUACCAAAUGCAACUUCGAAUAUAAUGUCUCUGAAAAGUCUGGAUCUCAGCUUUAACCAAAUUAGGAAAAUUGUCCCAAAUGACUUUGCCAAUCUAAAGAACCUGGAGCACCUCACUCUAACUGGAAACAGAAUCACUACGAUCAGCUCAGAUUUGUUUCGGGAUCUACACAAUUUGUUGGAAUUAAAUUUGGGAAUGAACCUUCUUUUGGAAAUUUCACAACCUUUUUCAGAUAGUUUAGGGAAACUGGAAAAAAUGGAACUAGCAGGAAAUAAGAUGAGCUCCAUCAAGAAAGAAACUUUUAGGAAUCUGACUUCUCUGCAGUUUCUCAGCCUGCUGGACAACCAAAUUAGCACAAUAGAACCCGGAGCCUUUGAAGGUCUGAGGCAGCUGCAGACACUGCUUCUUGGCACAAAUAAGAUCACCAAGGAAACUUUGCAGAAAGGCAUCUUCCAGGGAGUAAACUCAUUGGUUGACCUUGAGCUUUUUGAAAAUUACAUCUCCUAUGAGACAUCUGGAGAACUUGACAACCCUCCCUUCAUUCUCCUGAAGUCCUUAAAAUACCUCUCUCUGAACAGCCAACGUCACAAAGGGCUUCUGAAUUUUCCAUCUAACUUCUUGCAGGGGUUGGAAUCAAUAGUGAGAAUCCAUGCAGGCAACUUACCCAUCACUGAUUUGGAUCCAUCCACCUUUAGUUACACCCCUACGCUCCAAGAACUGGAUUUGAGCAACAAUCCUAUCAAUCUCAUUAGCCCAGCUCUGCUCCAGCCUGGACCGAAGCUGACAGAGCUACAUCUCAAUAAAAUAGGGCUGCAGUCUCUUGAUUUUGUUCUCCAUGUAAACUUUUCUAAGCUGGCCAUACUCAGGGCAUCUGGAAACAAACUAAAUGUAAUUGAACUUAAACACAUAAGGGCUUUGCCUUACCUUACUUUUUUGGAUCUUAGACAAAAUCCUUUCACUUGUUCUUGCGAUAACCAAAAGUUCCUCAGUUGGUCUCUUCAUGACUUAAAAACUCAAGUGCUCUAUUUCUACCAAUACACCUGUGCUUUCCCACUUACCAGUAAGGGAAGGAAACUGUGGGCCUUCCACACCUCCUCCUGCACAGUCAACCAUGAGUUUAUCUUAUUUGUUACGAAUACAACCACAAUUAUUUUGCUGAUGAUAGUAUGCAUCUGUUUUCGCUGGAGGUGGCCAGGGAUUUAUGCUUACCACCUGCUACUUGCCUAUAUUCAUGACAAGAGGUACAAAAGGAUGAGGCAACAUACAAAAUACGACUAUGACGCAUUUGUCUCCUACAACACGCAUGACCAGGAGUGGGUGAUCAAUGAGCUCCUUCCCACACUGGAAGACAAAUACCACUGGAGGCUAUGUCUGCACUACCGUGACUUUGAACCAGGGAAGUGCAUCCUGAAGAACAUUGUGGAAAACAUCUAUGCCAGCAGGAAGACCAUUUGUGUCAUAACCCACCACUACCUGGAAAGUGAGUGGUGCUCUAAGGAGAUCCAGGUUGCCAGUUUUCGCCUCUUUGAUGAACACAAGGAUGUCCUGAUUCUGAUUUUCCUGGAACACAUCCCCAGUGAUAGUCUAUCAUCCUACCACAGAAUGAGAAAGCUGGUGAAGAAGAAAACAUACCUCACGUGGCCCCAGGAGGAGAUGGAGAUUCCGCUGUUUUGGCAUAAACUCAACAUGGCCUUGAAGACAAGUGAGGGGAAAGAGGAUGAAGAUCCUAUUUUGUCUGGGAUCAUUCCAGAUGAAGAUUAGUAAAGACAGUGGUCUGCGGUGACUCUUUCUGUCUGCUUAUGACAUUUCUGAUGGGGCCAGCUCUGCAAUUUCUAGAUAUCAGCCUGGAUAUUGAAGACAUUAAUGUCCAGUAUUUGAAAUUAUUUGGCUUCCCCUCACAGCAGGGGACUGUGGUAGUGGCACUUGCAUUACAGAGGUCAGUACUAAAACCACCUGCAAGUUGCCAGGCCACGGUUGAGGCUUAUAGACUGGGCUACUGACUGUAUGUGUGUACGAAGCUUGUAUUGAUACUAUGUGUUCUUGUACCUCUUCUGUGGCUAAACAGAAGCCUUGAGUCUGCAGGACCAUCAAGCUUAACUUGCUGAAAUUUGUUAAUUGGGUUUUAAUGCGCUUUAAAAAUGUAAAAAAGGAAAGAAAGAAAGAAAGAAAGAAAGAAAGAAAGAAAGAACGAACGAAAGAAAGAACUCAGUAGCAAAGCUAAGUAACUGUGAACGAAAGAGACCAAACCUGGGGUGGAAAAGAAUGAUAGAAACAACCUUUGCAAACCCAAAACAACAACUUAACAAAAUGAUGAAUGCCUUCCUGUCUGCAGCUGUUUGGCACAGUGAACAUAAACGUUUCUGUGAAACUAUUUUAAAACAAUUUGCAAAUCACCUUUAAGAAAACGUUCGGUGCAAACUUUCAUUUUCAAACUCCCUGAAGUUAUGUAAAUCCUGCUUCGCGGCAAUUAAAGAGAACAACUGCAUAGAGAAAAAGCUCUCCUAUGAACUUUUAAUUAUUAUUUACACUUGUUAAAAUCUAAUGUUUAGGUUCAUUUCUACAUUUCAUCUUUUAAUCUUUAGGACAAGAGAUUGAUUACCAAUGUCAAUCAGGACAGGGAGAAAAUAGCCACACUAAGUCCUGCUCUACACGCUGUGUUUUUAUACUGGUAGAACCAUGUUGGCUGGUUUGUAAUUUUUAAUGAAAUAAUGAUACUGGUACAACCCCUAGAGUGGAUAAAGUUAUCACAGUAUAAAAGUGCUUGUACCACUAUUGCUUAUUGCACUUCCCAUACAGGAAUACCAGUAUAUAUAUAUAAGAAUAUACCAAUAUAGCACUGUUUUAUAGAUAUAUAGCUGUGUCCACGUUAGAGGGAUUGUACCACUUUAGUUAUAGUGAUAUCAUUAAAAUGGUACAACUUUUGUGUGUACAUAAGACCUAAGGCUUAAAUGCAGUAAAGCAUUUAAGCACAUGCUUAAUUUUAAACAAGUGUUCAGAUACUGUGGUGAUGAGCGAGGUCUGAGAACCAAUAUAGAAUAGAAUAGAAGCAUGUGACUAGUCCCACUGAACUAGAGCUGGAUUUUCAACAAAACAGUUUAGUUGGAAAAUGCCAAUUUGUUGAACUUGAAAUAUUUCACGAAAACAUGAACAACACCAGCUUGGGGGCCUGCAGCUCUGAGCAGUCUCACUAUGCGGACUGCCCUAUGGUUUCAAGGUCUCUGCUCUGGACCCAAGAGCCUGAAAGGCUUUAGGGGCUCUCAAGACUUCCAGGCCCCCAGCCACAGAACUGGAAGACUGGGAGCCCUGGCUCCUAACCAGCCUGAUGGGGAGUCAGGAUCCUAAAAGCCCUGGGAACCACAGUUGAGCUGGAAGCUCAGGCUCAAUUUCACGUAGAAAUGUUUGAUACAAAAUGUUUCGAUUAUUUCAAACUGAUUUUUUCCCCAGAUUUUCCCUUUUGCAGGGAAUUUCAAAAUUCCAUUUGCAUUUCCAAAAGGAACUUUAAUUUUUUAUUUUGGAAUUUCCCACAGAAUGAAAAUUCCGACUUUCAAGCAGCUCUAGUCUUAAUGGCUUUGCUAGAUUGGGCCCUUACUUCUUACUCUGGCAUAAGCAAAUGGAUUGUGAGGGAUUCUCUGUUGUUACAAGAAGACACCUUGUGAUAAAUGAAGGGGGAGUGGAGCUCCCUUUUCUGGACACCCAGCCAGCCAGUAGCUAUAAAA